CACUGCGGUGAUGUGCAAAGCUGGGGAGGGGGGGCCUGGAUGGAGGGGGCUGGGGGGGACGGACUGCAUCCCCCAGCAUGCACUGGGGCGGGGGGGGCCGCCCCCUCCCCCCCACCCCCCCGCUGCGGGCUGGGAAUGAAUGAAAUCGCCCCGGAUUCCGAUGCGAGAAGUGAAAAACCCACCGUGCAAAAUGGCCACGGCGGUGCACAAGCCGCUGGAGGGCCUGGGCGAGGACUUCUACCGCGAGGCCAUCGAGCACUGUCGCAGCUACAACGCGCGGCUCUGCGCCGAGCGCAGCAUGCGCCUGCCCUUCCUCGACUCGCAGACCGGCGUCGCCCAGAGCAACUGCUACAUCUGGAUGGAGAAGACCCACCGUGGCCCCGGCCUGGCCCCGGGGCAGAUCUAUACCUACCCGGCGCGCUGCUGGCGCAAGAAGCGGCGACUGAACAUCCUGGAGGACCCGCGACUGCGGCCGUGUGAGUUCAAGAUCGACUGCGAGGCGCCCCUGAAGAAGGAGGGGGGGCUGCCCGAGGGGCCGGUGCUGGAGGCGCUGCUCUGCGCCGAGACGGGCGACAAGAAGACGGAGCUGAAGGAGGAGGAGAUGGUGCUGGACUGUCAGAAGCCCCCGAUGGGCGAGUUCCCGCACGACCUGGAGGGCGACGAGCUGGACGACGACCUCCCGCGGAGGAAGAACAAGGCCAAGGGCAAGGCGUACGGGAUCGGGGGCAUGCGCAAGAGGCAGGAUGCGGCCACGCUGGAGGACCGGGACAAGCCCUACGUCUGCGACAUCUGCGGGAAGCGCUACAAGAACCGCCCGGGGCUGAGCUACCACUACACGCACACGCACCUGGCCGAGGAGGAGGGCGAGGAGCCGCCCGAGCGCCACGCGCUGCCCUUCCACCGCAAGAACAACCACAAGCAGUUUUACAAAGAGUUGAACUGGGUCCCCGAAAACCAGCGCAGACACACAGCUAAGAAAGCACCGGACGGCACGGUCAUACCAAACGGUUAUUGUGAUUUCUGUCUAGGCGGCUCGAAGAAAACCGGCUGCCCGGAGGACCUCAUCUCCUGCGCCGACUGCGGACGCUCCGGCCAUCCAUCCUGCCUGCAGUUCACGGUGAACAUGACGGCGGCCGUGCGCACCUACCGCUGGCAGUGCAUCGAGUGCAAGUCCUGCAGCCUCUGCGGCACCUCUGAGAACGACGACCAGCUGCUCUUCUGCGAUGACUGCGACCGGGGCUACCACAUGUACUGCCUCAGCCCCCCCAUGGCCGAGCCCCCCGAGGGGAGCUGGAGCUGCCACCUGUGCCUGCGGCAGCUGAAGGAGAAGGCCUCUGCCUACAUCACGCUCACCUAGACCCCCCCGUGUUGCUGGGACCCCUGUGGAGGGGGGGGCGUGCGGCAGGAGCCCACCCGCCCCUCACAACCCAGAGCCCCGGGACUGCCCCCCCAGAGCGGGGCCUACCCCCCCCAUCAGCCAAAAUCCUGCUCAAAGCCAUAAUCUGGGGGGGGACCCAGGCUAGGAGGUCGGGGGAGCUAUUGGGGGGGGUCAUAGUGGGGAGGGGUUGCAUGAUGUCAUGUCUUUUUUUGCCCCACCCCCCAGGAGUGCUUGGGGCCUGCACUGGGGGGAGGGCAUUUCCCAAGCCCUGCCCCCCCCAUCUCCGGGGGGGGGGGUAGCAUUUGGAGGGGGGGGUAUUUAUUUUAAUACACAACUGCCCGUGUCCGUGGUUCGUCUGGAGCUUCUGGUGUUUCGGGGGUGGUGGGGGGGUGGGGGUUUGCAACGAGAGAAGAAAAAAAAAAAAAGAAAAAAUGGGGAAAAAGAUGGGGAAAGGUUAAAAAAAAUAUGUAAAUUCAGUGCCCCGUCCUGGAUGGGGGGGCAGCGUGGGGGGGGCGGGGGGUCCCCCCUGCCCUCUCCCCAGCCCGUCGUGUUCCCGGUGUCGUUCUGUGGCUGAUUCUCGUGUGCUUGGAUCGUUUCUGUGCAUUAAAGAACCUGUUCGGA